CAAGUCAGUUCCCGCGUGAUCGGCGCCGAUUGCGCACGUACACACCGCGUUCCGAUUGAGACAUUCGAAUCUCGAAUACCCGCCAAAAGUAUCUUUUAAACUUUUUAAAAAGAAAACUCAACUGUGAUUUGAAAUUUAACGUUCCAAAUUAGAAUUCGUUUUUUAUUUGUGGACAGCUUUUUUUGGCAAAGUAAACAGUUCGUUUAGUUUUUACGAUUGCGUGAAGGCGUAACAAGGACAAUAAAGACAAGCGACGUGUGUGAGGUGCUAGUGUAGUGUGAGUGCAGUGUGUGCCACAAUGCGAAGACGGUCGCGCUAGACUGUCCCACGCUGCGUUAUGCAACCGCGGCCGUAAUACCACGUCUAUUGACACAGUGGCUGACAUUUCGCGCCAAUGACUGGGUAAACUUUGUAGUAAACCAAUGGCUUUGGCGAAUUUCACGCUGGCGGCCGUCGCCCCCCCGACACUCGCGCCCACCACACCUGCUCCCCUACGAGUCGACUUCGACGAUCUAUUAUACUCCCCUGAUCAGCAACAGGACUACGCCCCACAGCCCGGCAAUGAGCCGUUCACUGCGCCAAACUCAAACCAACAGAAAAGGUCAAAAUUGCGGAAACGCGCCGGUGCCACCUACCUCCCUCCCCCAAACCAGUACACCCACUAUCCGAGACACGACGACGUCCCACACAACCCUUACAAUGGUCCGCUUCACACGCAAGUGUACCAGCAAAACCCGAGGCUCGAUAUUCAGAUAGAAAACCACCGAGUGCAAGAGGUGAACCCACAGUAUGAUAACACGGGGCAGUAUAUACAUGAUCCGACCGGGGAUUACGAUUAUGAGCAAAGGAGGUUAGAGCAGAGUGGCAGGAGGCCACCGUACAACCCGGGGUACGCGGAGGCGCCGUAUGGUCCUGCCACAACCCCGUCGCCAUCUAGUCGAGGUUUCGUAGGGAACACGAAACCGAAUGUUAAUUUCAAUUUCGGGCCGACUACACAGGCUCCAGCGCAGCCUCGGCAUAACGAACCUGUUCCUAAGACUGGCGGACCCACGAACAGUAACCAGCAGCCGCCCGACCGGCCGCGAGGGUUCACCAAGGUGGAGACUGGCAGCUCAGGAGGCAAGACUCAACUACACGCCGUCCUUGAUUACGACGACGAUUACUACGACGACGUUUCAGGCCCAGACUCGGGACAGCCCGCGGUGACGCCGCUGCAAGGACCGAUACUCCUGCGCAACGGCUCCGUGCCCGUCGUGCCUCUCACCUCAUACCCCACCGUUAACAACGGAUCUUUCUACCAAAUACCUAUACUUUGGACUGCGUUGUCCCUGGCUCUCGGCUAUGAGCUGCAGGGUCAGAUCAUCCGAGGGGUGCCCUGCGUCAAACGGAACUUCCAACUCUACUGCCCUACUGCGGGGAACACUUAUCCUUUAGACAAAAUAGAGAGCUUCAUAGACGAGAAUAAGGCGCUAAUAAAGCGGAUGUACGGGUCCUUCGCGACCCCUGGAGGUGGACGGGUGCGCAGAGCUCCAGGGGUCCCCGACAUGCAUUCUGGAGACUCCUACUUUAAUCACGUCCGAGAGGCGCGACAGGCACGGCAAGCCAAUACCAACCUGCCAGAUCCCGCGUCUGUCAACAACACUGGCCGGGUAGACGCGUGUGAGAGCAAAACGGAGAUCAUGACACCGUACUGGGCGCUGAACUCUGCAAGGAAGCUGCGAGCCAUUGUUAACACCAUGCACUUCGAACAAGCGAUCCAUCAGGAAGUGUGCAGUAAGAAAUCAACGUCCAGAUGUUCAGGCGACUGCGGGUGCGAGCAGAAGUACAAGUGGCACCGACUUCUCGCUUACGACCCGAGUGACGACUGCGCCGGUAUAUUCAUGGACUGGUUCCUCUUCCCUUCCUGCUGUGUCUGCCGAUGCAACCCUUGACGUUCUGUUUUUGAAUUCACAUGGCUGUCAGUUUUCUUACACGGUUCACGUCGUGGUAUAAGUUGCUUUUAAGGGUUUGUUUCCCGUCACGCAAACUCAAUCGUGAUCCUAAGUUACAUUUUAUCACAUCGUAUCACUUACCAUUAGAUGGGACCUUGUUAAAACGGGAAUCUACAUUCUAUAAACAAAAUAAAAACAUGAUAUAUCCGCAUGACAGGAAACAACCUUUACGUAAAAGUUAUGCCUUAAGAGCCGUAUCUCAUUAGGAUACUACAAUUGCGCCAUCAGCGGGAAAGUAUUCAAAUCAGUUGCCGGCAAUACAAAAUGGUAACAACAUCUUCAAUUUCAUACAA